ACAGUCCUAGCGGAGAAGCUUCCGAAGGAUCGAGCGCUCCUAGGCUCCCCCUUCUCCGCUCGGAGCAGAGGUGGUACCGUCCGGAAGUCCGGGCGGAGACCGAGGCUGCGCUUCUCGCGAAAGGGCUGGCGUCGCGGGGCUGGCCACUUCCGCACUUCCGCUUUCCGGCCCAGCCAGCGCCCGCGAUGACUGCCACUCUCCGCCCCUACCUGAGUGCCGUGCGGGCCACGCUGCAGGCCGCCCUCUGCCUGGAGAAUUUCUCCUCCCAAGUGGUGGAACGACACAACAAGCCCGAGGUGGAAGUCAGGAGUAGCAAAGAGCUCCUGUUACAACCUGUGACCAUCAGCAGGAAUGAGAAGGAAAAGGUUCUGAUUGAGGGCUCCAUCAACUCUGUCCGGGUCAGCAUUGCUGUGAAACAGGCUGAUGAGAUUGAGAAGAUCUUAUGCCAUAAGUUCAUGCGCUUCAUGAUGAUGCGAGCAGAGAACUUCUUUAUCCUUCGAAGGAAACCAGUGGAGGGAUACGACAUCAGUUUUCUGAUCACCAACUUCCACACAGAGCAGAUGUACAAACACAAGUUGGUGGACUUUGUGAUCCACUUCAUGGAGGAGAUUGACAAGGAAAUCAGCGAGAUGAAGCUGUCGGUCAAUGCUCGUGCGCGCAUCGUGGCCGAGGAGUUCCUCAAGAAUUUUUAAACCAUCUGACUGGAUCUUGAGGCCUUCCCCCUCAGACUCCCCCGUGUCUCUGCAAAGGCAUCCUGGAGAUACUCCCUAGAGCGGCGGCGGCGGCGGCAGCAGCAAGCAGCGGCGGCAGAGCGGGGGAGCUGGGUCUGGGUGGGCACGAGAUGCGGGAGGUGGGUGGUGUGCUUGCUAGCUGGGCAACAAAGCAGCAGUGGACCUGCCCCAAGGCCACAGGUGCCUGGUCAGGCUGGCUUCUGAUGUUCAGUCCCCUGGGCUGGGACAGAUUUUUUUUAACGUCUUGAAACUUAAAUUCUGUGCUUGUAGGAGACUGAAACCUUUUUGUCUUUUUUUUUUUUUUUUUUCCUUUUUUCUUUUUUAAACAAACAACCUCCACCUCCAGUGGCUGUGACUGGUCCCAGUGAUUGUACCAUAUUGGUCGCUGUGGGUCUGGGCGGGCCUGGAGCCAGAAGGCGACUAUUGUCCCCCUUCCCUGAUUACCCCCUCGCCAAGCCCCAGGUGGGGAGGGAGGGAGGGGAGGAGGAAGGUUUCAUACUCCAGUUCCUUUCUCUUGCUCUCUCAUUCCUGAGCCUCCUUGGGCCCAGUAGAAGUUGUGGGGACCCUCUGCCAGCUUCCUGAGCUCUACCUGAAGAUGGCCACCCCGCACUGGUUGAGGACAAGGGCUGAACUGGUGGCCAUCAGCCAUGUCUAGGAGCUGGGCCCUAAAAGCCAGGUACCUCUGGCCACAGGGGCCACUUUGUGCCCUCCCAGUUGAGAGGGGCCACUGUUGCGCCUUGUCUGUCAGUGCAGUGCCUGUGCUACAGGUGGAGGGGGGAGUCCCCCAGAGCUUCCUGAGCUGGGGCGCUCCCGCCUGCUCUGGCUCCUCUGCUCCCACGCUCGCUGUACCUUUUCUUAUUCUGGUGAAUCCUCCCUGCUCCCCUGAUUAAAGUCUCUUCUUGCCCCUUUGGGGCUGCAUGAGGUCUGUGCACUGUGUGUAUGAAAGGAGGGGAGGUGGGGCUUUUUUUUCCCAAGACCACAUAGCUAGUAGUUGGGCCCGGGGGUCCCCAUCAGAGGUAGUCUCCUGAUUGGUUUCUGACGUUCUCUGUGUCAAGGGCCCCGACCCAGACCCUGUUAUAUAGUCCAAGCACCAUUCAUUUCUGAAACCACUCUCUGCCUAUAUAGAGCUUUGGUCCUUUUCAUAUAAAGAGCUCAGUUGGGCUAAAAGGUAACCUCAGAGAGACAAUAAUUCUAUGUUAUGACUAAGGAAACCGGUUUCUUGCGAUGUAGCAGCUUGCCCAAAUCUCCCAGCUAGUGAGCAAGAGGGUAGAGUUCAAAACCAAGGCUUCUGCCUCUAUCUGUAAUCGCUAGCCACAUGUGGCUGUUUAACUUAUUACAGUUAAAUAACGCUUAAAAUUCACUAACUCAGUCCCACCAGAGACAUUUCAGGUGCUCAGUAACUACCAAUGAUUACUUCCUACCAUGUCAGAGAGUAUGUGUGUGACAUUUCCAUUAUCGGAGAAAGUUCUGUCGGACAGCACUAGACUUUGGUGACUCCUUGAAGUUAAAAAACAACAAACACUGUGUUUGAGUCUUGACUCUCAAGACUGAAUUUGUACGUUACUUAUAUUUAUUCUGUGCUUCAGUUUCUUAAUCUAUAAAGUGGAGAUAAUGUAAACAAUCCGGUAAAGUACCUGCCACAUAGGCACUGAAUAAACGACAGCUGAUCUUUC